CAGAGUUGUUUCCUCAGUGGAUGUGUCGAGAGGGGAGAAUUUAUUAGAAACGUGGAGUGGUUGGUGGUGAACCGUGGGCUUCAGUUUAGGACUAUUCUUCUUAUUGCGGACAGUCACACAGCCGGCCUGUCCUCGGGACGGCUGCUCGGGAGCUGCUGGGGGACCUGAAGAAUCUAUACUGGAGCGUCUUGCACCGACUAGCGGGGACUGGCUAAUGGUAUCGGCAUGACUUAAUCUCCAUGGUGGAGAGCCUCGCUUAUAAAAGACUGAGCCUCGCCUCUAUCCUGGCAAACAAACUACACUUAUUACAAGUAUCUUUAUUGCUUGAGGAGGCAGAGGAGUAACUAAACAUGGAGCACACAGAGCAAGAGACAGCAGGAAGGCAACACCUGGGAUUGAGACCAGAAACUACAGUACGGUUAUUUUCUCAAAGACUUCUGUAGAAACUGACUUAUUUUUGCAAUAUAUCGGUCAAGAUUCUUUUUCAUCCAGGUCAUAUUUAUCAAUGACGGUGUUGAAUCAGGAGCAACUGGACUUGGAUGUAGUUUCUUGAAGACGUUUCACCUUCAUCCAAGAGGCUUCUUCAGUUCUAACUAAAUUGUGGUGGUCUUCGUGACCACAGCACCAGUAUUGGACAAAGGUGACUCCAACGACACUCGUUAUAACAGUUUCAACCACAGUAGUUCAAACAGGAUCAUUACCAAUGCCCACACCCCACAGAGGUUAAAUACCUGGGUUUCAUCACAAUGCAGUUAGAACUGAAAAAGCUUCUUUUUGGAACCAUUGGAGUCGCCCUAUGCGGGUCAUUUGAGAUAAUACAUGUUUCUGGCACUUCUGAAUUAGCUUCACUCUCCCAACGAGUCCAGUUAGACAGUAGCCUACAGUCUAUGCAAACCCGCUCGCUAUGUAGAGGGGCAGAAGGGCAGAAACUGAUUUCUGUCCUUUUUGGCAGGUGAUAUGGGCCUAGUGUGUUUUAUGGGUUGUAUGGCCCAUUUAAAGCUAUUUCAACAGGUAAAAAAAACUGCAUGGGUUAGGAUCUAGGACAGAGCAGGUAAAAUAAUGCAGUUAUAGGGAUAAUAACAAUAAUGUCUUUUUUUUAUACACAACCCAUUACCAUAUUUCAUCAUGUUAGUUACAGUGUAGUAAUAUUAGACACACAAACCUUAAAAACAAAAGGACCUAAUUUCCUGAAACACUUUAACAAUUCUGAUUAUUCAGUAACAAGAAACGUUAAAGUUUCACAAAAACAUACCUUAGAUAUUAUACGGACACAAAGUUGUGUGUAUGUGGCCGUUAUGAGUUUGAUCCACAUAAAAUCAGUUUCUGACAACGAUCACUUUUUGGCACCACACCUUCCAAUAUUCAUUUUUACGACAGUGGACGCUUUUAUUCUGAAACGUCUUACCCGGAAGUCGUGUUCUUGCGGGGCAGGCAGGCAGGAAAGACGGACGGACUGAACACGGCUGCCCUAGGCUGAACAGGCUGGUGUUACACGUCAAUGUCACAUAGUUUUUCAUCGCACAUUCCAACAGCUCGACGUCCCAGCCGGUCCGCCACCCCUGUAGCUACGUCCCGCAGCGGCUCGCUCCGAGCGGUGUUUCUGCGGGUGUCGCAACAGGAUGGUCAUGUCAACAUCACAACAAAUCGCCCUUGCGUUCACCGCCGCGCUCUUCACGUUCAUCGUCCUGCCGAGGAUGUUCGGCGUCAGCACCGGGGCAAAAGACUCGAGGUUCGACCCUCGUUACUCCAGAAAAGCAGGUCCUGUCCCGGGCAGAGUCAGAGGUCAGCCCAUCAGUGUUAACGGGCCUGGCUUGCAUCAGACCCCUGAGAACAUGCAACAGAUGAAGAAGCUAAUGGAGCAAGAGCUGAAGAACGACAAGUUCAAAUCUAACAACAGCAACAAGGGCUACGUAUUCACACUGAUGCCUCUGUACGCCAUUGGAGUGGGAGUGUUCGCAGCCUACAAGUUUCUCAAGAUCAAGUCUGCAGAUGACCAGGCACAAAAAGACAAAUUUGCAAAAGGGGCCAAAAAGUCAGCGGAGGCAGAAAACCAGUUGAACGAGCUGGAACAAAGACUCGCACAGACCGAGAGGAUGCUCAACUCAAUCCUCACCCAGCUGGACCCGCUCACUAACUGUGUGAAGUCAGUGGCCCAGGAGCAGAAAAAUGAGAUCAUGUCUCAACUACAAACCAUCCGCUACCUGAUGAAGAAGAGAGGGAUGGACUGUCCUCCCCUGAACAUCAAUGAGGCGUCCUGUGAGCAGAACCUGGACCACCUCAUUCAGUUCCUCGGGGCCAAUGACUUUUCAGCAGCAGAGGCUUCUCUGGUGGUCAAUGAGACGUCUGGAGCAGAAGAGGUUUCGGAAAAAGUCUAUCGGAAGCAUUCAGAAGCUAAAGAUGAUGCUGCUACAGAAGGUGAAGACGUGAAGGAGCUUGUACCUGAGGAUUCUGACGGGGAAGCCGAGAAAGAGGGGGAUGUGUUGGAGGAGGAGGACGGGGAGGAGGAGGAGAACGAAGAGAUGCUGGAGGAGGAAGAGAAGACAGAGGACUGUGAGCUUCCUUCACUAGAGGACUCUUACGAGCCAAACACUGAGGAGGUGUCGCUCUCAUCCGGCCUCAGGCGACGCAACAGGCCUGAAUGACCUCACUGCACGACUUCUGGACUGUAUAGAAAUGUGAUCGGUUAAUAUGAAUAUUUAUUAUCUGAAAGGCUUUCCUUCCAAAAUGCUGUCUACUUAUUCAGCAAAGACAUAUAGUAAUGCAUCAAUAAGAGGAAAGCUCUCUAUCUACAGACAGAGGGCUGGGUUUUACUGUUGCAGUCACAAAGACCAGCACAGACAGUAGAUCAUGUUCACAAGGUCAGAGAGGUCACAUCUACUGCAUCUCUUCAUGUGUGCUGCUGUGUCACACAAACUGGCACCAGUGGACAGAUUUACCAUCUUUCCACUGGUGCCAGUUUGACAAAAUGUAAACAAAUACAGGCUAACGUGCUUACAUUAGCACUAACAUGAACAUUAUCUGCUCCAACCCAACUUCCUGUCUAUGUUUCCCAAAGCCCCCCAAAUAAGGGAGAUGUAGUUCCAGAGCUGCACAAGGAUGUGGCUAUCCCUCAAAACUAAAACAAGAUGGAUUAUCAUUAUGCAACACAAGAUUGUGUUGAACAAAUGUACAAUGUACAUCCCUUUAUGCUAAAACGAAAGUUAUAGAAAUGAAUGCAUAAAUUAGUCGUCGAAGUCAAACUUUUUUUUCAUCUACAAUGACUUCAGUAGCUUCAACGCCUGAGGGGGAAAAAGGUGCUCAGAAGACGGCAGCACAGUGAACAGGCUGUGGUAGUUGUUUGUAUCGUCUCUUGUGCAGGCCCCUCCCGUCACUGAUAUCACUGAUAAUUGGCAGAUUUGGAGACUUUGAAAACACCUUUGAGAGACCGCUUCUUCUGAGUUCAGAAAUACCAGUUUCUGUGUGGCAAAUUGUUUUUACACAUACAUUUUACAGUUUACACGUCUGCUCCCAGGUCCUCUCACAUAUGUCAAAAGACCCUUUUUUUUACCCUCAGAAAAGCCGACACUUUGCCUUGUUUUACGCCUUAUCUGCAUGAAACCCAUCACUUAUGCACCAUGUUCGCUGCACUUGGCAGAAAAAUCCAGAUGGACAGACCACAGGGUAUUCAGUUUCAGGAAAAUAGCUCAGCAAAACGUAUUGUACUCUUUGUGCCAACAUGAAAAUAGAGCUGUUGUGUACUUUCAUUUUGCUUUACUGUUCCUUUCUCAUUGGGUGUGCUUGUCAAACACAUGUUCAUCUACAAACACUGCUGCAUUCCAUUCAUGUCCAGGUCCCUGCUGUUGUGCAUGCUGCCAUGUCCCACUGUGACAGUUAAAUGGAACAAAAUGUCAGUUAUAUUAUUUGUUUCACGUGGGCUUUUCCUGCUAUGACGUGUCCAAAUAGUCUUCAGGAGGUGCGUUCCAUUGCAAGUCGGAAGUCGAUAAUUCCUUGUUUGUUUUUCCGACUGCCGAUCUAAAUGCGUUCCAGUUCACCUGCUCGGGAAAACAUUGAUGCCUGCAGGAAACUCAUGUUUGUUUGGCCUCUGAACAUCAGAAGCCUGUACAGUACUGAUGAGCUACAUGAGCGACCACACCAUUGAAAUGGAAUAAUUGAUGAAGUCGAUGGCACCGUGGAUGUCUUAAGCAGGAGUUUUUAUGAUAAGAGGUCAAUAUUGAGGAGUCUUCCGGAUCGCUACACAGAUCAACAGGUUCACAGUGUUUGGCGUCCCAAGAUAGACAUCCCCGGUCUCUGUUGUGUAUUUAGCUUUCAGUAAUGUCGUCAUCUCCCCGCGACUAUGACACCUCGAGUGAGACUUCAGCUGCUCAAUGAUUGUUUCGGCUUGCUAUAGAUAAGAUGACCUUGCUUGGUGCCUGAGAACAUUCAUCUCAAGAGUUUCUCAGGGGAGGAUAGACGAAAAUUCCUCAACAACCAUCAUCAGGGAAACGGCGUAUGUAAAAUUAUGUCUUGCUCAUUCCAAUAACAUACCACACAGCUGAAAAUAGUGUAUGAUAAAUGGGUGCAGAGCUAGUUAGCUACAAUAUAAUGUAGGACUACACCUUACGCCGCCAUGUUGCUGUGAUGUCAAUUCUACGGACUCCGACUGCAUGGAUCUUGCCCGAGUUUCUGAUUCGGAAUCCCGACUUGAAUGGCCGUACCAUGGGACUCUUCCGAUAUGGAGGUUGUUUUUCCCAGAGUUCCGAGUACAUCCCUUUUUUAUUUCGAUCAUAUACUAAAUUCCUGUUUUUGUUACUAUACAGGGGUUGACAUUAAGGCUGCUGGAUGUGAUGAGCCUACUUAGACUGCAGAAUAUUAUCACCUUCACCUUUUAGUUGUGUGAAUUGGGACUUGCUAUGUUAAUACAUCAAAUCAUCUGUGCAUAUUUUAUUUUCUAUCCUUGUUUUUGCCUGCUCAAUGUGACUGCAUGAUUUUUUAACUCACUCAUUCAAAAAGAAAAUGACAAUCAAUUUAUCUGUGAACAAACAUGAAAUUCAACAUUUCCACAGCAUUAAUGUAACAUUACCUUUGAUGUGUUUGUGAGACCAAUGACAAUAAUGUAUUUUGCCUAAUAACAUACAUCAAACUUACUAUCAGUGGGCAUCUCCAAAUUUCUAAGUACAAAGAACAAAUUUAGGUUCAUAGAAAUCUUUUGAUUGGUACCAAUACAAUUGCACCACAGUAAAGUUAAUGUUUAAUCUCUAUGUAUGAUCAUUUUUACAUAUGUCCCCAUCUGUUUCAAUAUGGCACUGCACAAUAAUAUUGUCAUUUAAUUUAAUUUUGUAGUUGAUGGUAGGAGCCUGAUUGCAGAUGAACUAUGUUCAAAUGUGGUAAAAAAAAAUUAUAAUUUUUGCCAAAAUGACAUGUCCCUGUAAAAUAAAAUGUAUUAUGUAAUAAUUUACAACCCCAAAAUCAUAGCCUUCUUUUGGAUGAAAUUGUUGAUUCCUCUGACUAACUUUGCCUUCAGUUAUUUUCAUAAAUGUUUUAUGUGGUUCCUUUCCCUUGAAGAAAAAAUAAACCUUUCUGUGUUGAA